UCCACCAGAUGAAAAAAAUUAGCUUUACUGUUUAUGUGAAUUUUUUUAUAAUUGUUAAUUGUGUCAAUACCAGCAUCAUAAUCAUUAUAAUCAUCAACAUAAUCAUCAUAGUUUUGUUGUUGAUCAACAUAGUCACCAUUCCAAAUCAACGGCUAUUAAGCUGUCUGUGAUAGACACCAAAGAAUGGGUCUUCUUAUAUAUACUUUAUAUGGAUUUGCUAUUUUUUUCUUCUCUGGUUGGAUAUUCAUCUGGCUGGUACAUUUUCUGGCUAUUUUUAAUGGAAAAAUGAAGCUCCACAAAAAAAUAAAUGUACCUGCAGAAACUCCACUGCCUGGGGUAUCCAUUAUAAAGCCUCUUGUGGGUAUCGACUCAAAUUUAUUUAUUAAUUUGGAAAGUUUUUUUCUCAUGAACUAUCCUCAGUUCGAAUUACUAUUUUGUAUUCACGAUGACAAUGAUGCCUCAAUUAUGUUCGUUAAACGUUUAAUUGAUAAAUAUCCUAAUGUAGAUGCCAAGAUAUUCAUUGGUGGAAGCAAAAUCGGCAUCAAUCCUAAAAUAAACAACAUGAAACCAGGAUAUGAUGCAGCUAAAUACGAUCUAAUACUCAUUUCAGAUAGUGGAAUAAGAAUGAAAGAAGAUACUUUACUUGAUAUGGUUACUUCAAUGAAAGAAGAUGUGGCUCUAGUUCAUCAAAUGCCAUUUACAUGUGAUAGAAAAGGUUUUGCGGCAACUCUAGAAAAAGUGUACUUUGGCACAGCCCAUGCACGAAUUUAUCUAUCAGCUGAUUUAGUAGGAGUAAAUUGUUGCACAGGAAUGUCUGCCUUAAUGCGAAAACACCUUCUCGAUGAAGCUGGAGGUUUGGAAGCAUUUGCACGAUACCUGGCCGAAGAUUUCUUUUUUGCCAAAUCUCUGGUCGAUAGAGGAUGGAAGCUAAGGAUAAGCUCACAACCAGCCUGGCAAAAUGCAGCACCAUUAGCAGUUCAAUCUUUUCAAAAUAGAAUUUCAAGGUGGGCUAAAUUAAGAUUUGCCAUGGUUCCUAGUACCAUCAUUUUAGAGCCAAUAUCCGAAUGUGUUUUCUUGGGCAUCUUGGCUUCCUGGUCAUUAAAUUUUCUCUUCCAAUUUGACCCGUUUGUGGUUUACCUUUUCCAUGCUCUUCUGUGGUUUCUACUUGACUAUGCGCUACUAUGUAUCAUCCAAAAUGGAUCAUUACCGUUUGCUAAAACAGAAUUUGUGAUUGCAUGGUGUUUUAGAGAGUUUACAGCCGUAAUUGUAUUCCUCAAAGCUCUAUGGGAUCCAGAGAUUAAAUGGAGGACAGGAACCUACAAAUUGAAAUGGGGAGGAUUAGCUGAAGAAGUAAAGACAAAGCUAUAGCACAAGGAUGUUAUAAGAGAAUUAAAUUUUAUCAUUUGCGUGUAAAUUUAAUCGCUGGGUCAGUUCAAGUUAAUAAGGAUGUGUCAAAUGGAAAGAGAAAAAUUGGUCGUUUUUUUCUCCUUUUUUCAAGUUGAUACUUUCACUGGCACAUGGACACAUCUGAAUUUAAGCUCCAAAGCAAAACCAUCAAAGCAAAACACUUAAACAUCAUCAAAGGACACAUCAAAAUUGACGGGUUUCAUCUUAUUUUUGUUUAAGGUGUCAAACCUUUCUACUCGCCAUUGUUUCUUAUUGUGGGUGGUUUCGUUCCACUAAGAAUAUUUAUACAUACCUGUUUAUAUUUGAAUAUCUCUCUUUUUUGGUGUCUUAUCGGGCAUCUCUACUUCAAGAAGAUUCACUCUUCUCUCCCUCAGAACGUCCUUGUGCGAUAGAAGAGAAAGCAAAUUCGAUGUUCAGAUCAUCAUUUUCAAAAUUUCUCCUUUCGAAUUGCUUACUUGACAAUGAAACUCUACAUUUCCUUCUUCAUCUCCAUUUCUUCCUCUUCUAUGGUACAACGCAAACCUAGUGCCUAUCAUUCCUAUUUCAUGAUCAUUUUAUGAAUCUGUUAAUAUGUGAGCUGCUCUAUCAACUUGUUACAUCACAAUUCUAAUCUGGAAAUUUGAUUGGAAUACGGGGAAAAAAAGAAGACAUCAAGACAUCGAACAUUUUUAUCGAUGGAUAAAGAAAGAACUAAAUUUAACUUCUCUUCAAAAGUGAAGUUGAAGAAACAAACCAAGGUCACAACCCGUCAAUGAUGUAUUAUGGUUUUAUUCAUUAAAUUUAUAGCACAGUUAUAAAGUACUUCCGGAUGCAACCAAUGGAAGGUGAAAAAAAAUGCAAUCCAAAGGAAUAAUUGUACAGUUUUAAAGCAAACACGAAUUCUGGUGAAAAUUGUGACAAGUUAUUGACAACAAUAGCAUAAAACAAAGCAGGAAUACAAAAAAAUGUUGAACACAAUUUUCCAGUUUGUUUACAGACAAGAGCAGAUUACCAAAAGUGCAAAGAUGAAUCCAUAAAGAAUGAUUUAUUGUUUGAUAUGGAAUUAACCAUUAUCUUCUACUUGGUUCAUCUCACACAUACUGAAACAACAACAAGCUCGAUGAAGAUGCAAGUAAACAAAUCUACCAAGAAAGAGAAAAAUUGAAGCAACACAGCUACAAAGAAAAGAAAAAUCAACCAAAAACUAGUCAUAUUUAAUUUUAUUUUUAUUUAUAAUUGUAAUUCCAUUCCUUCUACAAUUUUGAUGUUAACCCUAACCUUCCAAGAAAUCUUUCGCCUCCUUCAAUCAUCAUCCUUUUUCCUCUCCACAUCUCUCCCAACCUUAUCCUCACAGCAUUGCUCAUUGUACAAAAUGCCAUUAAUAUAAAUAAUUUGAUUAGACUUGAUAUGAGAAGACAAAAAGGAAACUAAGUUUCCUACUUAACAACAAAUUUAGAUCACUAAUUGUUUAUUAUAUUAUUAUAUAUGCUAAACCAUUAUUACCAGUACUAUAUCCAGUUUCCCCUUCAAAAAUUUUUUUAAUAAUAAUAUUGAAAAAAGAAGCAACACCAAUAACACAAAGCAACACUUUUUACAUCAACUCAACUCAAUUUGUAGACUUCAACAAAAGACAAGCAAGGCAACCAACCAAGUCCAGGACAAGGAGAGAGAAGAGUUAAAGCGAUGUCAACAAAAAAAGCCGGAGUAAUGAAACAAUAUGAUAAUCAGAUUGAUUGAGACAUUAAUUAGGAUAACCAACUUUGACCAGUGCAUGUGAACGUUGCCAAAUGAACGGAUAACACACAAAACAAGAAUCCUUUUCCUUGAACCCGUUCUUCUUAUUAUCCAUUUAUUUUCCGCCUUUUCCAUGUAUUCCUUCAUGUCUGGUUGUAAACACUGCGUAGCAGUUAACUUAUCAUUCGUCUUAUCAUUUCCUUGCAUUCUUCCCUUUUCCCUCCCUUCUUUUCCUCCUCAACCUAUCAAACCAAUAAUGAUGAUGGUGAUGGUGAUGAUGAUGAUCAAGGUUCAAAGAUCUGGCUUAGGAUGAAUACCGAUAUUGGCCAUAUUCAAAGCACGAGGACUGAAAUGGAGGAAAACAUGAAAAAUGUGUCAUCUUUAUGCGUGCUCAUCAAUCAACUUAUCAACCCUGAAAACUCUCUCCUUGUCGUUUCCAUAAUUUACAUUAAUUUAUCUUAACCAAAGAUUAACCCUGAAAUGAAUAAUUUAUUUAGAGGCAAAAAUCGUAGGAGAUACAAAAAUCUGAAAAAACAUGAAACGCUUUACCGAGAAACCGUUACAACUUGACAUUUUUCCUUAAACUCCAAUUGAAUAUUUCAUUUCAACUACCUCUUAAUUCAUCUCAUCAUUGUUCUAUUUUUUCUACAAUCGCCAUUCUCAUCUCUCUUCUUUCACCAUUCAUCCUAACCAUCAUUUCCCUUUCCGCAAUCAACUACUUUUCAUCCCAUUUUACCAAUUUCUUUAACUUUUUCCUCUCCUUCUUCUUCUCUUUGUAAAUUGAAUUGAAAAGAAAAAGAUUAUUGGUAAA